GAGGGGGGGGGGGGUUCGAGAAGAGCUUCGGGAAGUCGGAAACGCGUAGCUCCGUUUCCUCCCGAGGACGCGCGGAGAGGGGAGAACGCCCCUCCGUCACUGAAUUUUUUUCCAAUUUUUUUUUCCAAUUUUUUUUUUUAAAUCCCACCGUUGAUGACCCAUUCUCUCGCCACCACUCCCACCCCAUGCCUCCCUACAUCGCGGGGACACACUCCGCUCUAUGUGUCACCCACCCGUCUAACUGUCCGGCAAGGCUCAUGCCCUCGAGAUCCGUCCGCUUGCACCUCGCACAGCAACGAUGCAUUCGAACGGCAGCGUCUCGACCAACUCGACCGCCGCGCCCGAUCCGAGCAACAUUUUCGGUCUGGACUCGUUCUCCGAGCUCCUGCUGGUGUUCGCAGUCUCGGUGGCGAUCGGCGCUCUCCUCGGCGCCUCCGCGUGCCUCCUCGCGUCGUCCUGCCGCUGCUCCCCAUCGCCGCGGCGGCGGCGUCGCGGGCGACACUCGACGUCGGCGAAUGUUCCCGGGCGUCGUGGCGGGCGGAACGUUCAGGCCGCGCGGGCCCUCCUCCGCAUCCGUGGCCCUCUUGCGGCAGAGCAGCGUGAGCAGCGGCGGCUACGGCAAGCACUGCGGCAUGGCCCUCUCCAUCCCCUUGCCGAGGCUCCACUCGACGGACGCGCCCGGCUCGUGCUCGCCCCACGCAUUUGCCAGGGCGGCCGCCGCCGCCACCACCACCACGUUCCAGCCUCGGGCGCAAGCCAAGGCGGCCGCGGCGGCCGCGGCGCCCGCGACGCCUCCGGCGCCCUGCGCCCUGCCCGCGGGCUCGUCCGCCGCACCGCUUCGGGCGAGAAGCACCGGGCCCUCGGUGGCUCGGCUGUGCGGCCGGACCUUCUACGAGCCCAGCCACGAGGUCGCGCAGGUGCAGCGAAGCGAGGUCCUCAAGCCGACGCCUCGCGACUUCGCCACGGUGGUGCAGGCGGCCGCGGCGCGCCCGCUCGAGCCGGUCGCGAACCGUGACGCCGGAUCCGAGCGGUCGGACGCGGCAUGCCAGGGGGAUCAAGGCAGCUCGACCGAGACGCUGCCUGCUGAUUACUGCAUGCGGCCACAGGAGAUGGGCAUCAUCACCACCGCCGAGAGAGGAGGAGGAGGACGAGGAGAGACACUCCAGAACAUCAGGAGCGAGUUGGCGACACGGGACUACGGGAACAAGCCAGAUUUUAUCAGGACACUUUAG